AUGGUGAAAAGAAAGCUCGGGGCCUUGGAAAAGGUCGAGGCUGACCUGCCUAAUCUGCAGCACAAAAUUCGCAGAGACCCAAAAUCCUACGUCGAAGAUUUUCGCGCGCAGCACUACCAAUAUGAGUCGCAUCGUGAGAUUUUCAUGGCCGCGCCAACUUCGGCCACGGACACCGGUGUCAUCUCCCUCCGAGACCUGAUCGAUUUCAUCUCUCAUGUCGCCGAUUGCUACCCAGAUAUCCUAAAGGAUUUCCCCCAGCAACUCAUCGAUCUUUUGAUGCAACACCAUUUGGUGCUGGAGCCGGAGUUGAGGGAAAAGAUUGUUGGAAGUCUGGUUCUCCUGAAGAAGAAGGAUUGCAUGGAUUCAGCAACAUUACUCCAUACUCUGUUCCCUAUUCUCAUUUCCACGCCAAGCAAGACCCUACGUGCUCUUCUGUUCCAGAAGAUUUUGUCUGAGCUUCGCACAGCUAAUGCGCGGACCACCAACCACAAGCUCAACCGGACCAUGCAGACCGUUCUCUUCAACCUGGUUACGUCGGAUCGCAGAUCCUCAAAAGCACUUUGGGCUAUCAAGUUGACCCGUGAGUUGUGGAAGCGCCAGAUCUGGACCGAUGCAAAGACAGUCGAGAUCAUGAAGGAGGCCAGCCUGUCCGAGAACGAGAAGGUCACUGCAGGUGGUGUACGCUUCUUCCUCGGCGGUGACCGAGAACGUGAGGAGAUGGAGGACGAGGACAGUGACGACGACGUCGAUGUCGGUCGCAUCAGGCAUCAGCUUGGUAUUAACAAGAAGACCAAAAAGAAGGCGCGCGUCGCGGAGAAGGCCGUGGCUAUGCACAAAAAGAAGGAGAAGAAGAAGAACCAGCCUCACCCGCUCAACUUCUCGGCCCUUCAUUUGCUACACGAUCCUCAAGGGUUUGCGGAUUCCCUCUUCACCAAGCACUUGAAGACCUCCAAGAUCAACCGGCACAACCGGGAGCAGAAGCUUCUUGUGUUGCAGCUGGUCUCACGUCUGGUGGGUCUGCACAAACUGCACAUCAUGUCGCUCUACUCGUGGUUCCAGAAGUAUCUCGUCCCCAAGGAAGAGAACGUGACCUCCUUCUUGGCGUCGCUCGCUCAAGCAACGCACGAUUUGGUGCCUCCGGAUGUGCUCGAGCCUCUCAUUCAGAAGAUUGCCAACGAGUUCGUAUCCGAGGCAUCAGCUGGAGAGAUUGCUUCGGCCGGUCUCAAUGCCAUUCGAGAAAUCUGUGUUCGUCAACCCCUCGCCAUGAAUGAGACCUUGUUGCAAGAUCUCGUCAUGUACAAGAAGAGUAAGGACAAGGGUGUGAUGAUGGCUUCCAAGGGCCUGCUCAGUCUGUACCGAAAUGUCGGUGCCGAUAUGCUCAAGAAGCGGGAUCGCGGCAAGGAAGCGUCCAUGAGCCUUCGGGCCGGUGACAGGGAGCAGAGACGCUUCGGUCAGCAGGAGAGCGGAGGAAUCGAGGGCAUUGAGCUUCUGGAGAAGUGGAAGGAGGAGGAACGCCGCAAGAAGCGAGCGGAGAAUGGCCUUGACCCUGAUGCCGAGGGUGACGAGGAUGACGAGGACGCCGAUUGGGACGCCUGGAAUGUCGAGGAUGACGAGGACAGUGAUGAUUCUGGCGGCUGGAUCAACGUUGAGAGCGAUGGAGAGAUCGAUUUCAGCGAUUCAGAAGACGAGGGCAAGGAUCGUCCGUCGAAGAAGGCCAAGCAGGAUGCCGAGAACAAGGAGAAGGAUGCCAGCGAGGAGGCCAAGAUCUCCAGCUUGGCCACCACCCGCAUUCUCACGCCCGCCGAUCUGGCCAAGCUCGCCGAGCUCCGAGCCCAGGCGGCCGUUGACUCCGCACUGCCAAAGUCCCGCCGUGGACAGGUUGGUGACAGGCACGUUGACGACGGUUUGACCGCCGAGGAGAUCGAGGGUCUCGCCGCUCUGUCCAAGGGCAAACUGACCCGUGAGGAGCGAAUUGCCCACGCACGUGAGGGCAAGACCGAUCGCGCAGAGCACAAGAGUAAAGAAGCCAGGCGCAAGGAGCGCAAGGAGGAGCAGGGCAAGAGUACCACCAACAAGGAGAAAGCUCGCCGUAAGAACUUCCUCAUGACUCUGGGCAAGGCGAGAAGCAAGAACAAGCGCAGUCUGGUCGAGACCCGGGCCGUGUUGAAGGCGCAUCACGACCGGGCCAAGAGAGGUGGAAAGAGAGGCAACCUUGGCAAUUAA